GGGAAUUGGGAAAAGGUAGUAAAUAGUAGUACCCAGAGUAACAUUCCUCACAACAAAGAUGAUUGUGAAGAGUCCGUGGAUACUGUGGGGAAACAUUUUACUGCUUCUUCUGCUAUGUUCGGGUGUAUUGUCAAGAGUGUUGGAGAAAAGAGCUUCAGAUUUUUGUCAAAGCCAUGCAGCUGGGGUGCACGCUGAUCCUAAUAACUGCUUUGGUUUCAUAAUGUGUGACAUGGCUGGUACCACACAUGAAAUGUCAUGUCCUGCGGGACUUAAGUUCAAUCCUGCUAUACUUGUCUGUGAUUGGCCGAACAAUGUCGAGUGCGAGGAUGCUGGAAGUGGAGAGCCUGCAGGCUAGAGAAACCGAGUAGGAUCCGGUCCCCCUCAUCAUUGACCAAUGAAGACGUAAUAUUUCAAUACUUAGAUUACGUGUAAUAGAAACAUUAUAUCCCCAAAUAAAACAUUGUGACAAUAUGA